GUCGCUCUCAGUUUCCGUCUUGACUCGGCGUGGUUACCUGAAAUCGAAUACCCCAUGCCACUCUACGGGAUGUUUCUCAUCAUCGGAUCGGAGUUUAGGGGAUUCCAUUUGAGGUUUAGGGAUGUCGCACGGGGUGGGAUCAGGAUUGUGCAGUCCCGAAACAGGGAGAGUUACUCGAUUAAUUUGAGGAGUUUGUUUGAUGAGAAUUAUGCGUUGGCGAGUACGCAGCAGAAGAAGAAUAAGGAUAUCCCCGAAGGUGGUAGUAAGGGUACUAUUCUUCUCGAUUAUGGGGUUGGUGCGAUUCCGAGGGUCGCGUUCGAGAAGUAUGUCGAUGCGAUGUUGGACCUCCUUAUUCCGGGACAGACGCCGGGGAUUAAGGAACCGAUUGUUGAUUUGCUUGGGAAGGAGGAGAUCCUCUUCUUUGGGCCGGAUGAGGGAACGGCGGAGUUCAUGGAUUGGGCGAGUUUGCAUGCGAGACAUCGUGGUGCUGGAUUCUGGAAGGCGUUCACGACGGGGAAGGGAGCGGGGAUGGGUGGGAUUCCGCACGACACGUAUGGGAUGACGACGAGGUCGAUUCAUCAGUACGUGUUGGGGAUUUACCGUAAGUUGGGGUUGGAGGAGGGUAUGGUGAGGAAGAUUCAGACGGGAGGGCCGGAUGGGGACCUGGGAAGUAAUGAGGUGAAGAUCUCGGGUGAUAGGACUGUUGCGAUCGCUGACGGAAACGGAGUCCUCUACGACCCGCAGGGGAUCGAUCGUGGUGAGUUGAUGAGGCUGGCGGGGGAGAGGAAAGCUUGUGGAGCGUUCGACGUGAAGAAAUUGGGGAAAGGCGGAUUCAGGGUCUUGGUUGAUGAGACGAAGGUUACGUUGCCGGAUGGGAGUGUCGUGGAGAAUGGAUUCAAGUUCAGGAAUGAGUUUCAUUUGGAUAAGUUGGCGCAGGCGGAGUUGUUUGUGCCGUGUGGUGGACGGCCGGAGAGUGUGAACUUGACGAAUGUGCAUCGGUUGUUGGAUGAGGAUGGUGUACCGAGGUGGAAGUAUGUCGUCGAGGGCGCGAACUUGUUCUUCACGCAGGAAGCAAGGUUGUUCUUGGAGAAGAAGGGCGUGGUUAUCUUCAAGGACGCUAGUGCGAACAAAGGUGGUGUCACUUCCAGUUCCCUCGAAGUCCUCGCCGCUUUGGCUUUGAACGACGACGAGUUUGCGCAGCACAUGCAAGUCAAGGGUGAUGUUGUCCCGCCCUUCUACGAGAAGUAUGUCGAGGAGGUCCAAACUAUCAUCGAGAGGAACGCGAGGGCGGAGUUCGAGUGUAUCUGGCGUGAACACGAUCGUCUCAAGAUCCCGCGCUCAAUCCUCACCGACCAGAUCUCCAUCGCGAUCGUCAAGCUAAACGAGGAAAUCCAGCAAAACCCGGUCUUGUGGGAUGACAUCCCUCUCCGUCGUCUCGUUCUCUCCGAAGCUCUCCCGAAGUUGUUGUUGGAGCAGUUGGGGUUGGAUACGAUCCUCAAGCGUGUUCCAGACAACUAUGUCAGAGCGAUCUUUGGGAGUUGGUUGGCGAGUCGGUUCGUGUAUGAGUUUGGGCAUGAGAGUGGGCAGUUUGCGUUCUUGCAGUUUAUGUUGGGGUAUUUUGGGAAGUUGGGACAGGAAUGAAGAUCUGAUGGACGUCGAUAUCGUGUACAUGUGGGGAACUCAAGUAAUGGGGGUUUGCUUGUGGACGGGAGCUCGGUUGUGAGGCGCU